CAUUUAUAAUCAGACAGAGCUGUUUUUUCACACUCCUGUUUGGAGACAUCUGAGAAGAAGAAACUCAUUCAUUAUUAUUAUUAUUAUCAUUAUUUUUGUGCACGUGUUAGUUUUUUUUUCCAGACAACAACCAGGACAAAGGUCGGUUUAAAUCUACUUUGGACAUAAAGAAAUAUUGAAGGAUUAAAAUGGGCUGCUUCACAUUCGUCAAAUUGAUGAUGGUUUUGUUCAACAUGCUUAUCUUUCUGGGCGGCCUGACCCUGCUGGCUAUGGGGAUCUGGGUGAGCGUCGACGGGGGUUCCUUCCUCCACCUCCUGGGCCCGUUCUCCAGUCAAGGCAUGCAGUUUGUCAACGUGGGCUUUUUCUGCAUUGCCAUCGGAGCCGUGCUGGUGAAGCUGGGGCUCUUGGGGUGUUGUGGGGCCCACAAGGAGAGCAAGUGUCUGCUGCUCACUUUCUUCUGCAUCAUCCUCAUCAUAUUCAUCGCUGAAGUGGCAGCCGGAGUCGUGGCUCUGGCCUACUCUUCAUUUGCUGAGGGGAUCCUUAAAGCGUGGGCGACUCCUGCGUUACAGAACGAUUACGGCCGUGAUCCUGUGGUCACUAAGAUCUGGAACACCACCAUGACAGAGCUGAAAUGCUGCGGUUUCUCCAACCACACCGACUUUGUGGGCUCCAGCUUCGAGGGGGACAACGGGGGCAGCCUGCCGCCGAGCUGCUGCUGGACCAGCGUCGCCCCCUGCAGCCCGGACGAGGCCGAGCGCAGCGCUGUGCAGGGAUGUUUUGAACAAAUCCUGGAGACGCUCAAAGAGCACGCAAACAUUGUAGGAGGCAUCGCAGCAGGAGUUGGAGUGUUAGAGAUUGCCGCCAUGGUUGUGUCCAUGUACCUGUACUGUCACCUGGACAACAGAGGCAAAUGAGUCACCAAGGGGGGAGGCACCACAAUGACAAAUUAUGGGAUUUGUUUUUUUUUUUUGUUUUGUUUUUUUUAAUCAAAUCUUUUAACAAGGUGUCGUGGCUGAGAGACUUAUAUUCUUCUUUAUUUGUGAUUUUCUUUCGGGGAACUAUAUAGCUUUACUGUGAAGUUGUUGUCAUGGUGCAAAGAAAAAUGAAGCGAUAAAUAAAAUAUAUUACUGUUGUUUGUUAAAGUAUAUAUAUAUAUAUAUAUCAAAUGUUUAUAA